CGGAUACAUCCGAUUCUGCACGUACAGGAAGCUGCUGUCAAAGAUGUGAAAACAUAGCUACAAGCACAUAGGAUUUUAAACGACAGCAGGAUACAUAGCUACCUGCUUUUAAAAGCGUAAUCUUUACUCUACACCCUCCGAUUAACUCUGGAGGAGGCUGUUGCUUUGCUCGAACUAUAUUUAGUUGUAAUGAUAAUUUCAUUCUCUUGGGCUGUUUAUUUUAUAUUCGUCUCAAGACCAGCAAUGGGAAAAAAUUACAGAAUCAACUGAAGCUCUGACAGGAAUGGUGACCUUCGUGUUUGACUGAGCUACAAAAAGGAAGAGGAAUACAAUGGAUUUUUCAAAGUUCCUGGAUGAUGAUUUUGAUGUGAAGGAAUGGGUGAAUGGUGCCUUUAAAAUGGUUCAGAAGGAUGCCCCAGGGAAGGCAGAUGGUCACGCAGCCACACUGGUUAUGAAACUUCAGCUCUUCAUCCAGGAAGUCAACAAUGCCAUAGAAGAGAGCAGUAACCAGGCCCUUCAGAAUAUGCCCAGGGUGCUACGUGACGUGGAGGCUCUGAAGCAGGAGGCUUCCUUCCUGAAGGAGCAGAUGAUCCUGGUCAAGGAGGACAUCAAGAAGUUUGAGCAGGAUACAGUCCAGUCCAUGCAGGUCUUGGUGGAGAUUGAUCAGGUGAAGUCUCGCAUGCAGCUGGCCGCCGAGGCUCUGCAGGAAGCGGACAAAUGGAGCACGCUGAGCGCAGACAUCGAAGAGACUUUCAAGACUCAGGACCUGGCCCUGAUCUCCUCCAAGCUCACCAGCAUGCAGAGCAGUUUGGCCAUGCUGGUGGACACCCCCGACUACUCUGAGAAGUGCGUCCACCUGGAGGCCCUGAAGAACAGGCUGGAGGCCCUGGCCAGCCCCCAGAUUGUGGCCACCUUCAAUUCGCAGUCUCUGGACCAAGCAAAGCUGUUUGUGAAAGUCUUCACAGAGAUCGAUAGGAUGCCGCAACUCCUUGCCUAUUACUACAAGUGUCACAAGGGUCAGCUGGUGGGCGUGUGGCAGGACCUGUGCCAGACCGAGCUCGGCCUCGGCAAGCAGCUGGCCGAGCUCUACGACACGCUGCUCUCCACGUGGCACUCGCAGCUGCAGUGGAGCAGUCAGGUGUUUAAGAACCCGUACGAGGUGGUGACCGUGCUGCUGAUCCAGACGCUGGGCGCCAUGGUGCCGUCUAUCCCAGUGUGCCUCAGCACGGCCAUGGAGCGCGCCCCCCAGGAGGACAAGCUGGAGACCCUGCUGGAGCUCCACCAGACCGCCGCCAACUUCGGGAGGAACCUGGAGGCGGCCAUGCUGCCCCACCUGGGCGAGACCAACCUGCUGAAAGUGGCCGAGCUGGUGACUGCCCUUUAUGACCCCUACAAGCCUUACCAGCUGCAGUACGGGGAACUGGAGGAGUCCAACCUGCUGAUUCAGAUCAGCGCGGUGCCCUUGGAGCGUGGGGAGGUGAUAGACUGCGUGCAGGAGCUCAGCCAGUCCGUCACCAAGCUCUUCGGCCUGGCCGGCGCGGCUGUGGACCGCUGCGUCAAGCUGACCGACGGCCUGGCCGUCUGCGGGCUGCUGAAGGCUCUCAAAGCGCUCUUCACCAAGUACGUGUCGGACUUCUCCAUCACCCUGCAGUCCAUCCGAAAGAAGUGCAGGCUGGAGGACACCUGCAGUGCCUCGGCGUACCAGGAGGACUGGACCGCCUUCCAGAACUCGGUCAGGAUUAUUGCCACUUGUGGUGAGCUGCUGAGGCAGUGUGGAGCGUUUGAGCAGCAGCUGUCUAACAGGAUCCUGGCCACGGCCGGUAGGUACCUGUCAGAAUCCUACAGCCCCCGCAGCUUGGCCGGGAUACAGGAGGCCAGCUCCGCAGACAGGAAGGCCUCCGCUAAGAACCCCUGGCAGGAGUACAACUACCUGCUGAAGGGGGACCCCGCCGAGUACGCCAGCCUGAUGGAGAUGCUGUACAACCUGAAGGAGAAGGGCACGGGUAACUCCAGCCUCCUCACCGAGCCCCGCGCCGCCCUCACCCGCCUCAACCAGCAGGCAAACCAGCUGGCCUUUGACUCCGUCUUCCUGCAGAUCAAGCACCAGCUCUGCCUGGUCUCCAAGAUCGAGAGCAGGAACUCCAGUGGUAUGGGAGAGAGUCUGACAGAGGACCUGCCCACCUUCAGUCUGUCUCCACUGGAGUACAUCAGCAAUAUUGGCCAGUACAUCAUGUCCCUGCCUUUGCAUCUGGAGCCCUUCGUCACACAGGAGGACCCAGCGCUGGAGCUGGCGCUGCAUGCUGGGAAACUGCCCUUCCCUCCUGAGCAAGGUGAUGACCUGCCUGAGUUGGAUAACACUGCAGACUAUUGGCUGGGCUCAAUCGCCAGGGCAACGAUGCAGACGUACUGUGAUGCCAUUCUGCUGAUCCCUGAGCUCACCCCCCACUCCACCAAGCAGCUGGCCACUGAUAUAGACUACUUGAGCAACGUGAUGGACGCUCUGGGUCUCCAGCCCUCACGGACCCUGCAGCAGAUAGUCAGCCUUCUGAAGGCCAAGCCCGAGGACUACAGACAGACAGCCAAACCCCUGUCCCGAAGACUCGCCUCCUCAAUAGCUGCCAUGAGGAAUAUUGAUUACUGAACGGGGAUGGUGACCAAAUGAGAUACAGACCUUGGCAGAAGUCAGCUGGCCUGCUACAGUUGAGGGAGGGGUCAGAGAGAGCUGAGGGGAAGCGGGCCACCACUCAGCGGAACGCGUGAAGAAGAGGUCGCUGAUUCACUGGCAUGUUCCUCGCAUGCUCACCGGCAGGCCUGAGAACGCUGCAGCAGUUCACGUGGGAAACUCACCCUACAUUUGAGCUGACUUGCAGCAGAUCCUUUCCUGACUUGUUUUUUUGUUUUUUUUUUGUGCAGCUGCUCUGGCUGCAGGCAGACAAUAAUUGAAGGGUAGGGACCCUGGGGACCAAGGAUGGCUGGGAAUCAUAUGAUUUAUGUUUAAAAAGGCAGAGAGCCUAUUGUCACAGUAAAUCAGCCUCAUUUAAAGAAAAAUACUGGAUUUUCAAGAACUUGGUGUUUUAGCUUGAGCUUUUAAGCACUAUAUUGCUACUCAUGACAGUUGACAUUUUCUAUCUGUGUUGACAUGAGCUUCUUUUUCUUUUUUUUUAAUAAUUGAAUUUUUGAUGUAUUAGUUACUGUGUUUCAUAGUGCUUAUAUGUAAGAUCAAUGUAAAGUCAUAUCUUAUGUCCAAUUUAAACAAUUGUAAUCUGAUAAUAAUAGGGAUAUGAAAUUGUUUUGAUGUCUUCUGAUUCAUACAGAUUGCUCAAAUCUCAAUAAACAUUACACUACCUUCUGUGUCA